ACUAACUAGUACUGUACAUUAGCUAACUAUAACUAGCUAACUAACUAGUACUGUACAGUAGCUAACAGUUAAUGCUACCAGACAAGGAGCUAGUUACCAGGAUAUGUCGUGCAACAGUCGCCGUUGUUAGCUAGUUAGUACAAUCAUACAACCAGCUGGCUAACGCCUUUAACUGUCCUUUGAACUCUUUGAGUUCGCUAAUCCUUAAUCUUCGCUAAUACUACAGUUAUAUGCUCAGUAGUUAGCUGGCAAAAACAAAAGCAGAGGUAGCUAACGUUAUCUAGCUUCAAAAUGCCUCCGAAGAAGCAGCAGAAAACCCCGUCGGUGAAUAUCUCCAGCUCCCUGGAGGAGUCGGAAGAGUUCAGUCUGGAGACCACGGUGCCCACGGAAGACAUCUCGUCGUCGGACGAACGGGACCGCACCGGGACGCAGAAAGUCACCCGACAGCUCAUCGAGAGGAAAGAGCUACUGCACAACUUACAGCUGUUAAAAAUAGAGAUGUCGCAGAAAAAUCUCAUCAUAGAUAACAUGAAAGUGGACCACUUGACAAAGACGGAGGAGCUGGAGGAGAGGCUGAAUGUUGCCCUGCACCAGAAACAGGUUCUGGCUCUGAGACUGGACAGCCAGCUGCAACUCACCCAGGAUGAGAGGAGGAAGCAGCAGGCUCUGAGGAAGCAGGAGAUGGAUGGGAUCCUCCUGAGACAGAAGCAGCUGGAGGAGACGAACAGACGGCUGUGUGACAAGGCAGGAGACCUGCGACGCAGCCUCAGGGACCUGGAGCUCACUGAGGACAAAUACAAGGAGCUCCGAGAUAUCCCAGAGGAGAGACUCUCUAUCACUGAAUACGUAGCGGUGUGUUUCUAUGAGGUGGUGAGUCCUCUCAAAGCCCAGCUCUCUGAGCUCCAUGUCAAGAGGAACAGCCUGGCAGACGACCUGGAGACACAUAGGACUGAGAUCAAGGCCCUUAUGAAGAGUUACGAGGAGGAGCGCAAGGCGAGGUCAGAGCUGGAGAUCAGGAACCAGAGACUAACUCUGGAGCUGGCUGACACUAAAGGGCUCAUCCAGGAGGGAGACUUCAAGAGGGACAACUACUCUAACAUCAAACGUGAGCGUGAUGCGUUUGAGUGUGAGGUGAGAGAGUUGAGGAAGAGGCUGGAGCUGCUGGAGAUGACUCAUGAGGUCCAGACCAGGGAGAGGACUGAGCUGAGUCGAGAGGUGUCUACUCUGCAGCAGACGGUGACCCUCCUCCAGAAGGAUAAGGAAUAUGUUCACAGACAGAGCAUGGAGCUGAAUGUGCGCUGUGCCCACCAGGAAGACCGUCUAGAGAGGCUGCAGACCCAGCUGGAUGACGCCCAGAGGGCCAGGGAGGAGGUCUAUCACAAAUACAUCGCUUCUAGAGACCACUACAAGACAGAGUACGAGAAUAAACUUGCUGAGGAACUGGAGAACAUUCGUCUGAAGACCAGCCAGGAGAUCGAUAGCCUGCAGAGGACCUCAAAGGAGAUGUACGAGAGAGAGAACAGGAACCUCCGUGAGACGCGGGACAACGCAGUGCUGGAGAAGGACAGAGCGACGACGGCAGAGAGAGAGACACAGGCCAGAUAUGACCAGCUACUAGAACAGCAAUUUGCCAGCGCUAAUUAGAUGUGGGCUAACGGAAACCCUGGAGCGUGUGGUGGUGAGCCCGUGUGAGAGGUGCCAUAUGCCCUGUCCGGACUUGCCUAUGCGGCCAACAGAAACUCAGGAGUAAAACAGUAAACUGGUGACUCCCCUCCACAGCUAGUCUCUCUGCGUCAGCCUCAAACAGAAUACAAUACAAACUGACGCUCUGAUUGAGAAACAACAGUUUAUACAGUUGACGUCAGAAGUUCAUACAUACACCUUAGCCAAAU